AUGGAAGUGACAACAUCCACAGUGUCAAAACCAGACGACGUUCAGUUAAUUCACCUCACUCCCCCCGAUCCGGACGUUGGUCAGUUAAUCUCUCGGGAGUUCAGGAACGCUUUCGAGGAAAUCCUCCAGAUUCUGAUCGUUAUAAUAAACCUUUUCGGUGUAGUCUCCAACUCUAUCAACAUCCGGGUGUUCGUGCGCCAGGGAGUGAUGUCAGACACAACCACCAUUGGCCUCUUCGCCCUCGCCAUAUCCGACCUCCUCGGCUGUUUCUUCAUGCUCCCCCCGACGGUCUGUUUCUUAAUCAAAUAUCUCCGACUGGGCACCUACGUCGAUUUCCGAAAUUGCCACAGUUACACGGCCAUGGCAGGCCACUACACACACGUAAUGUUCUCCCGCAUCACCUGUUGGCUAACCGUCUACAUCUCUAUCGAGAGAAGUCUCUGCGUUCUAAUCCCCCUGAAAAUAAAAUUUCUCCUUCGCCCUGCACUAACAAAGAAAGUGGUGAUCCUUAUUUACACUUUUUGGGUAAUAUUCCACAUCCCUUACGCAGUCAAUACGAGAAUCGUACCUGAAUAUUCUGAGGUCUACAACCGAACUAUGGCCUUCGUCAGGGAAACACCUCUGGCUCCUCUUUUCCUUAAGAUCAACGUCAUAGUUGCAAGCACAAUCCUCACCACAGUAGCUAUGGUGCUGGUGGCCAUCACGACUUUCAUCUUGAUCUUCAAGCUCAAAACCACCAGCAAAUGGCGACAAAGUGUGUCGAGCGCCCCGAUAUCUACAGCCUCAGACCCAGGAUCAGGUGUCCCCUUCUCUUCCUCCUCCUCCUCUUCCAAAGCGGCGUCUGGGAAGGAGAAAGAAGUCAUGGUCACCGUCACAACGAUCACGACCAUCUACCUGGGCACUCUGGUGGGCAGCCACAUCCCGGCUAUUGCUCUGGUCAGUUUGCCUGGCGUUACUCUGGCGGGGUCAAACAGCAACCUCUUCUACAUAACCUACUACACCAAGUUCUUUAUGGACUCCAUCAAUUCCUCCGUCAACAUCAUCAUGUACCUUAAGUUUAGCAGUAGAUACAAAGCAGCGUUUAAUUCAAUCUACUUUCCUGAAAAGGUCGAAGGAAAAGGAAACUGGCAUUAG